GGAACUUGGAAACGUAUGCCGGACAAGAACAGCAUGUGGGACUAUGUACUGGUAUGUAUUAUAGAGCUCUUAGUCUCUUACUUUUUUGGUGAUGCUUUUUUCAUUUAAUUGGGUUUUUACAUGUUUAUGAAUUUGUGAGUGGCCUUUGCUCGCUUUGAGAAGAUAGUCCCUGUAAUUAAUAUUAUACAUGAAUUACAUACAUUGAAUUAUUAUAAAAAGAAAGUUCAUAUUUGAGAUUAAUUACGAGAAUUUUUUUAAUUAAUUAAAUAUUAUAACAUUUAAAGCUAAUAUAACUAACUUUUUACCCGCUUAUAUAGUCCAAAUAUGACGUUGACCUGAAUGGAAAAAAAUGGGUAUUGAGUACAAUUGGAUCAGCCUGGAGAGUUCACAAGUGUCGGUUCAAGGAAAAAUUUUGCUCACAGUACAAGGAUAAUAAGAGCAGAUGGAGUAAGCGGCCAAAAGAGAUUCCUGAAAAAGAUUUUCGAAUGCUCUUAAAGUUGUGGAAUUGUAAAGAUUACCAUGUACAUUAAAUAAAAUAUAAAUGUAAUUCUAUUUUUAAUUUUAUUCUUUCACAUUUGCCAAGACUAAAUUUUUGCGAACAUUCAAUGUAGCAACAAUGUAACCGUAAGAAGGCUAAUCGCGCUCUCCGAAAAGAUAACCCCACGACGGGUCGCAAGUCUUUUGCCAGACUUCGUGCAAAAUUGGUACCAUACAUAUUUUGUGUAACAACUUUUUAUUGUUUGUUAAUUGUAUAAUGUUACAAAUGAUUUUUCUAUUUAUCACAGCAAACUACCCUUCCGAAUGAUGUUGACAUACCAUUAUCAACUAUGUAUGAAGUCACACGCAAAAGAACUGAGGGGCGUCAAUAUAAAAGUUCAUAUGAAGAUACUGCCACAAAAAUUAUUGAAAUGAAGAAUUAUGAGGCAGAAAAUAAUGAAGAAGGUGAAGCUGCAAUUGAUGGGUAUGCUGCAAUUAUGUCAAAGGAGAAAAGUGCUGGUCCAAUAAUGUGUGGAAGAGGUGUCACCAAGAAAGACCUUGCUAAUACAAAAGAGACCGUACAGUCGUAUGUCAUGACUUCUAAUGAUAUGGAGACAGUCAUGAGCACUUUGAGAAAGGAGAUUGAAGAAAAAAAUGAGAAAAAAGAUGCCGAGCUAGAACAAAUGCGGAAGGAGCGUGAAGUUGAGAAACAGAAGAUGGAUUUGAUUCUAGCAAAAC